AUGGUCGACCGCAUCCAAGCCAUCAUCGAAGACGACUUCAAGCACGCGCCCGAGUCCACCCUUUACGACUCCCACUCCAUCUCAGCUGGACCACACCACCACACAUACACCGACCGCGACCGCGCCCUCAUGGCCAUCCUCACCUCUCUCCGCACCCUCCCCUUCGCCCGGCAGGCACAAAACAACUGGUACCCCCAAGGCCUCCCCAUCAGCAAAGACAACAACCUCGUCCUCUACAACCACACCGUCGGCCUCGGCGUAAAGCAAACCGCCAUCUCCCUCGACAGCUUCGUCGACUUGGCGCAGUCCUGGCUCUACGUCCGCAACCCAGCGAGCUUGUCUGGUGUUGAUCCUUCUGCCAAGAACUCGUGGAAGGGAAUUGCGAACACGCUUUCCACUGCCGGCGUCGACAUCCGCAAGAUUGACCUCCAGCUCUGGGAGGCGCUGACGUAUAGUCUCGAAGGCGAUGAUCUGACGGCUGCAAUCGACGAUGUUAUCGAAUGGUCUAAAGAUGGUACGCUGGAUAGCCGCCACGCCGUCUGGCGCGACCACGCCAUCUCAAACGCAAAAAACGUACCCGAGUCUCUCUCCUCCGACGGCUAUCCCCCCACUCCCACCACCCCCUAUCCCUCUACCAACAACCACUCAUCCGGCCUCUACACCAAACGCUUCUCCCACAAACACCCCCUCGGCCGCCCCCGCUCCCUCAUCUCCGACGACGAAAAAGCCGAACUACGGCGUGACCGCGCUGCCCGCCUUACCGCCGAGGCAGCAGCCAAGAAACUAGAAGCUCAGCGUAAGGAGAAGAGGGAGAAGAGGGAGAAAGGGAAGGGGUGUUUUGCUAGGGCGAGGAGGGGUUGGAGGAAGAGGAAGAGUAUGGUCUGUGGGAUUAUGGGCGGACUGGUUUGGGCUAUGGCGAGUGGGAAACUGGAUUUUACGCCGGGUGGGGAGGGUGUUUAG